GAAGAUUCACAUAUCAAAAUCAGUGAGUUCCCCUUUCUUGUUUUGUUUUCAUCGUUUAUGAUUCAUAAAGUUCGUAUGAAUCGAUACAUAGUGUGGGCUUAUUGUAGCGUUAAUGAUGAAGGAAUUAGUACUAAUCCUCUAUUCAAUACCGGCGUUUUUACUGUGACCUGAAGCUGUUUAGUUCUUUUGGGGAAGAUUAUUAAACCCAGUCCGUUAAGAUGAUAAUAAGCGGGACUCCUGGUUUUCAAACUUUCAUGUUGUUAUGUGUGUUUCUUUAUUCAUUAUGGGUUUCUGUUGGGUUCCACAUAUGCUGUGCUGAUCCAAGCAUACAAAAAGGGAAAUAAAGGCGAAUUUUGGAUAGAAUCCCUAACAGGAGUCAGUGUAAAUACAGGCGAAAAUCUAUCAGCAUGUCACCUUUUGGCCUAGCCCAGCGUUAAUAGUGUGAUUUCCUAUUGAGGGGAAACGUCUCUAAGUUAACACUUACCGUCCCCUGAACAUCUAUUUUUUCCCUAAAAUUAACGCCGAAUUUUCCGAUUUUUCACAGUAUAAACAAGUGAAAUAGGUAAUUUUUAGCAAAACUGAACGUACUAGUAUACUAUAUACUUCGAAAGUUCACCUUUAUUUCCCUAUGUCAAACAAAUUAUAUGUGCGCUCGACAGUAAUCAACAUAGUAGGUUUAAUGAUGGAUAAUUUAUUAACAAUUUUCAUACAUAUAGUUGUCAAUAACAUUUACAUAGAGGGAAUAGUGAAACGCCCACACCAAAAUGACAGAAAAGUUGUCUUCAACCGUAAUCUGAAAAACAUUAAUGAGAGGUUCAUGUGUGAAGAAAGCUCAGUUUAGGCGGAAUACUCAUGCACACCAACGUCUACCUACUACAUCUGCCUAGUUUCGACGUACUGGAUCCAAGUGAGAAGUUUAAUGUGGGUUUAAUGAAUAUUAUUUAGCAAAAAAAUACUUACACUAAGUGUAACUUGCACAAUAAUAGUGUUUUCGGUGAUAAGCAGCGUUUUCAUUACUUGAAUCCUAUAACAGAACAGCAAUUGACAAUUAUGGGUAUUUUUGUAGAAUAUUUAUUAAAAAGCUGUUAUCCAACAUGCUAAAACUUACAGUGAUAUUGCGAACAGCAGAUGAUGGCACCUAAAAAUGAAAAGAGCAUGCUCACAGCCUAAAUCGUACUUACAUCAUCUUCCCUUUGAUAAUAACACUUGUUCACUUUAUCUCUCAUAUCGUGAAAGGACCUUUGAGUAGCCACAUCGUUCACUUUCGCGAAAUCUUUCUCGCUGAAAGACGAUGGGAAUUGUGAUGUUAAUGCACCUUUUAAAUAAGGACCCUGUUAAACAAUCAGAAUCGGUGUUUACAACAUACGUCAACUCAACAAAUGCUAAAAGCAUCAAUUCCAGCGGCGAAUGCAUGAAUUCCACCAACAGAGAAUACAACCUCUUAAACUUGUGUUGGAAGCCGAAUGGUUCUGAGGGCAAUUGGAAUAUAUCAUUUAAUUUCUCUGAGACCUAUCCUGGUUAUUAUGGUUUGACUAGCGUAUACUUAUUGUACUGGCUGGAUAAAUUGGGUCCACAUAAUGCUUCUACGGAUAAAUCACUUUUUUCUUGUGCUAUUGGUACAUCAUUUGUUUGUUUAAGUGAACAAACUUAUGAAUUAAAAGAUAAAUUAUCAAAUUCAACAAAUAUACGACUUACAUUUAGUGAGUUUCAAGUUGAAGCAUUUAGAAAUAAUGAUAUUUCUAAUAAUACAUUUACUGGACCAACUUCCUCUUGUGCUGCCGAUUAUGUACCGACUAAAGUUAUUCCUAUUGUUGUCGGCGUUUUAUUGGUGGUUAUGAUAGCGGCUGCUUUGAUCGCUUUUAUUAUCAGUAGUCGACGCCGUCAAAUUGGCUAUGAAGAAAUAUAAUUUAUGAAAAUAAAAUAGGCCUAAUAUGCAGGUCUUAUAGUUAAUGAAUCAAACACUCAGAUCUGAUAAUCGUAGCAUGAUUGGGCUAUUGUUAUGCUAUUUUUCCAUUUACAUUGCUUUCGAACCUAUUUCUUUAUUUCAUCAAUAAUUACUGCUUUUAUAUAUAUUUAUGUAUAUCAUCAAAUCCUAAAAUUUUAUAUUUCAUUUCUAGCGCUUAUUUCACUUUUUUUUUACACGCAUUUCGGUCCUGUCUUAAUGAUAUUUUUUAGAUUCAGGUUGUUUUUCAUCACUUGAUAAUCUACAAUAUAUUGUCAUUGUUCAUCCAGUAAAUUGUAUCUUGUAAUGUAAGUAGGGGGAUCUUGUUAGUAUGUGUAGAGUGUGGUAUCAUAUUGUGUGAAUUCAACUACAACUUUAAUCUGAUUAUGGAUACCUGCCCCACCUUUGUGAUACAUAUUGUAUAAGAAUUGAUUAACUAUUCUGUAAACUGAGUUGUCCAUCGUUAUUUAGCAAUUUUCUGUUUAGAGUUUUAGGUUUCAUCUUUGUUUCUGUUAAUUGUAGAACUUUUAACUGAGUAAUAAUAGUAAAUGGAUGCAAUCGGGAUUGGCGUUCCUUGUAAUCACGAAUGCAGUGUUUCUGUUUCCUGAAAGCGUGCAGGAAGCGAGCACAAAGAGAAACCAGUGUGUAUAUGAAUGUUAAAAGUCCAUAUAAGCUUAUGAGUGUUAAUUGAUUGUGGAUAAAUUAAUGGUUGUCUGUGUUACAACCAAUGGGAGAAUAAAUUGAAGAUUUAUGUGCAGACAUGUGCUCAUUCAGAUUCACACAUAAAUUUACAUAGUGGAUUAACUGUCUAAAUUACAGUGAGCAUACAUAUAAUGGGCUUACUACAUGUUAAUGAAAGUGAUGCAUCUAGGUUUUAGACCAGUUUAUACUUGCCGAUAACAAGUAUGUGCCAAUUUGAGGGAACUGGUGUCUGUGGUUCGAACUCGCGUCACCCAGUACUAACCAUAGAAGUUACUGGACAAACGUGACUUGAAUCACUACUUGGUCGCUGCUAGUGCCGCACUACUGUUGGGAGACAUUUGUAGCCCGAUUUGCCCAGUAUUAGGGGGUUUGGCUGACUCUGUGUGAUAUGUACUCGAACUUCUUGUGACCGAAGACAAGUUCCAAGACGUGUCAGCUACCUGGAAACCUACGUUUGCAAUUUCCUCCUGAUUACUAACAACCAAAACUGAGCUAAUUGUUUAGGACUCUGCCAUCGCUCGGUUUGACUAUCCUUUUAAUAUUUUGCUGAAAGUACCAGCCGUUAUAACAUUGAGUACCGAGAAGACUGUAGUUUGUAUAACUACCGGACGAAGGAUAAGUGAUUAUCACUGUAUAAUUAUUAGACAUAUAGUUUGUUAUACGCUUAUAUUCUCCCGUCUGUUUCAGUUUGGGCACCUGGGCAGUA